AUGGCCCGUUUCUCUCCAAAGUUCAACGCUGAGGGCGAUGGGAAAAAACGGGGCGGUGCCGAGAGCCAAACUGAGGGCGCUCAAGCCCCUAAAAGGAGGAGAUUAGUCAAAGUCUCCAACCCCGGCGCUCAACCCACCGCUGCAGCUGCGUCUAAGGGCAAGAAUGCUGCCGGGACGUGCCAACUUUCUACCGCCAAAGCUUCCGCCGCCACGGCCACCGAGUCUGCCACUGUCACAGCUCCCAAUCCCGCUCCCGCUGGUUCAGCCACCAUUGCCGCCUCUAAAUCCACUACUAUAGGCGCCACAACCGCAACUGCUGACCAGCCAUCAACCGCUGACACAACCACCAACAUUGCUCAACCCUCAGCCACUGAGAAGCUUGCCGCCACCAACGCCACAACCGCUGCCGGCAUUAAUGAGACCAAGGAGGAGACCCUUGCUUGUCUUCUACGCGCUGGGUGUAUCUUUGCCCACGCGUUUGACAAUUUCAACGCCGUCGCUGCUGAGACUGAACGGUUGAAGGCUGAGAGUGCCCAGCACCAAGAAGCCGUUGUUGCUUGGAAAAAGCGCUUCGACAAACUGUUGGAGCAAGCGGGAAAGGAAAAGGUUCAGGCCGACAAGUUGAUUGGCGCGGCGGGGAUCAAGAUCGGCGAGCUGGAAGAUCAUCUGAAGCUGAUGAAGGAGGAGGCAGACGACCUCGAUGCAAGUCUCCAAGCUUGCAAAAAGCAAAAGGAUCAAAUAGAGAAGGAUCUGGUCGCCAAAGGCGAGGCGCUGGGUACCAAGGAGUCAGAGCUUGAAAUACUGGGCGCUGAACUGGAGUCAGCGAAGAAAGCGUUGGCGGAGCAGGAGAAGAAGUGUGCUGAGUCUUUGGCUUCGGCGAAGGCAGACCUGGAGGCGGCGAUGCGAGCUACUUCUGAAGAGAUCAAGAAGGCUGACGAGGCUCAUGGGGCAGCCCUCGCCGCGAAAGAUGCUGAGAUUACUUCUCAUCUUGCGAGAAUCAAAGAGCUAGAGGGCGAGCUGGCGGUGGAGAAAGCCAAAGCCACUGAGAUAGCUAAGUCCAUGUUUAAUGCUUAUCUGAAUGGAGCUUAUCAUUGUUUAGCCGAAUCUGAUAAUGUUGAAUUUGUGCUAUGUUUUCACAUGAGUGAUGAUGUGUUUUGGAAAAUGAACCUUCCCCAAGUUAUAUCUCAGGAGGAGAACAACAAAUUUUACAUUAGGCAUUCAAAUAUUGUUGUUUUGAAUGAUCGUGUUGGUUAUGUUAGGGAGUACAUGCGUUCUGAAUUUCGUUUUGAGAUUUGGAUGAUGAAUGAAUAUGGCGUGGAAGGUUCUUGGGUGAGAAUGUUUAACCUUGCCCGUGGACCUUGUCCUGAAAUUCUUUUGGAGUUUUGGAAUAAAGACGAUGAAGAUAUUUUUGUACUAGGAGGAGAUGAGUAUCAACCGUUGGUUUUGCACAAGAUUGGUAAACAAGAGGUGAAGGUAUGA